AUGGACCACAAAUCAGUGAAAUUUAAUGAAUUUAAUCAAAAAACGGAUGUAUGGGACAAUUACAUCGACCGGUUAAAGUUUUGUUUUGAGGCUAAUGGCAUCAUGUUAGACGGCGCCAAACGAGCGAAUUUCUUUACUGUGUGUGGAGCGGAAGUCUUUGAGACUCUUUUGGCCUUGAUUACACCAAGGAAAGCUAGUGAUGUGACAUUUGUUGAAAUUGAAACAAUUUUAACAAAACAUUAUAGCCCAAAGCCAAAUGAAAUCUCCAUGUCAUAUAAAUUCUACACACGGAACCAGAAUACUAAUGAAAAUGCAUCAGAAUAUAUUGCACAGUUGAGGAAAAUUAGCUCAAAAUGUAAUUUUAUGGAAUUAGAACGGAUGCUACGUGACCGGCUUGUGUGUGGUAUGAAAGAUCGUCGUCUACAGUAUGAACUCUUGAAAAAAGAUAACCUGCAUUAUCAAGAUGUUAUUGAUGCCAUGUUAGCAGCAGAGACUGCAGGAAAAGACUACCAUAUGAUUCAUUCAUCUAUGGGUACAGAAAAUAGCAGCACAAGUACAAACUGUGCAGCAGCAACAACAACUCAAAGCUCCUCAGUGGAAGAGAUGGACAUAAAUGCAGUACAAACUAGAUCAAAUACACGACUAUGUUUUCGGUGUGGUGAUCGUCAUGGUGGUGAAUGUAGAUUUAUAAAUGCCACCUGUCGGUUCUGUAAGAAGCGAGGCCAUAUUGAGAAGAUUUGCUUGGUAAAGAAGAAAUCUUUAAAGAGAAAUAUUAAUUUCACAAAUGAUGAACACACAGAUACACACUUGAAUGGUAUUUACAGCAUUAACUGUGAAACCAAAGUAUUACCAUUUGUUGUUGAAGUAUCAUUGGAGAAUAUACCUGUUGUGAUACAGGUAGACACAGGUGCAAGUUUUUCAUUAGUAAAUGAAUGCACUUGGAAGAAUAUAGAACAUCAGAACCAACAUAUAACUCUUCAACCAGUGAACCUUACUCUACGUACAUGGACAGAUACACCUGUAAUCUUACUUGGUCAAGCUAAACUACAAGCUCAAUACAGAGACAUCAAAUGUUCACUAAAUGUUAUUAUAGCAAAGGGUCGGGGCCCCAAUCUUCUGGGACGGGAUUGGCUGGGCCCAUUGAAUAUCGCAUUGAAUAUCAAUGUUAUAGCUAACAGUGAUCUUGUGAACAUUGAGAAGACAAUUUUAAAAUACAGCAACAUCUUCAGGGAUGGACUGGGCACAUUUAGGGGAGAUCCAGUGACCAUACAUCUCAAACCUGGUGCUACACCUAAGUUUUUCAAGGCUCGUCCAGUACCAUAUGCUAUCAAGGCUAGAGUUGAAGAGGAAAUUGAUCGCUUGGUGGCUGAAGGUGUACUGAGGCCUUUAUCUUAUUCAGAAUGGGCAACACCUGUUGUGCCAAUAAUAAAGAAGUCUGGAGACAUUCGGUUAUGUGGAGAUUACCGUAGUACUGUCAACCAAGCAACUGAGUCGGACACCUACCCCAUGCCAACAGCAAAUGAGGUAUUUGCUACAGUUGCAGGUGCGAAGUUCUUUACAACCUUAGACCUUGAUAGAGCAUACACACAAGUGAAAGUUCAAGACAGCACUGCUAAAAUGUUAACAUUAAACACAUGCAAGGGUCUCUACUCCGUACAUCGGUUACCUUUUGGAGUCAAAGCCUGCCCUGGAAUAUUCCAGAGACUCAUGACAGCAUUGCUAGCAGGAGUUCAAGGAGUGGCAGUCUUAAUUGAUGAUAUAAUUGUAAGUGGUCCUACAAUGCUGGAAAUGCAACCACGACUUGAAACUGUUCUAGACAGGAUACAAAAGGCUGGAUUUCGUCUUAACAAGAGCAAAUGUAAAUUUGCUCAAGAAAAAGUAGAAUUUUUAGGUUUUGUGAUUAAUGGAGAAGGUAUCCACCCAGCUCCAAGUAAAAUAGAAGCUGUAGUGAAGACGCCAGAACCACAGAAUGUCCAGGAGUUACAGGCUUUCUUAGGACUGUAUAAUUUUUAUGAAAGGUUUAUACCCCACAAGGCAACUAUACUUGAGCCAUUACAUAGACUACUAGAUAAGUCUCAAACAUGGCAAUGGACUCAACGGGAACGAGAUGCAUUCAAUAAAGCUAAACAGUUGCUUACAUUUGAAACCACAUUAGUUCAUUAUGAUUUAUACAAACCACUAAUUCUUACGUGUGAUAGUUCACAAUAUGGCGUUGGGGCAGUGCUAUCGCAUGUGAUGGAAAACGGACAAGAAAGACCGAUCGCAAUGAGUUCUAGGACAUUAAAUUCCCACGAACGACGCAUUGCUUAUCGACCAGGAACUGAAAUCAGCAAUGCAGACAGUUUAAGUCGAUGGCCGCUACCUGUACCAGAUCAAGAGGAACAACCUCUCUAUGAAAUACUACUGAUGGCGGAAAAUCUUAGUGAUUUCCCUUUUACCGCGCUUGAGAUAUGCUCUGAAACGAAGAAAGAUCAAACUCUCUCCCGAGUUGUUCACUUUCUACAAAGCGGAUGGCCAAACAAAGUUAACGAUCAAAUGAAAUUGUUUUUAGAAUCUAACAAAAUUAGACAUGUGACAUCCGCACCUUAUCACCCGGCCACUAAUGGCUUGGCAGAGCGGAUGGUACAGACAGUGAAGGAAAAGCUUCGGAAGAUGGAUGGAUCAUGGGAAAUAAAAAUUCCAAAUAUGUUACUAGGUCUUAGGGUGACUCCGUGUUCUAAAACAAAUAAAAGCCCUUCGGAACUUUUGAUGAAUAGACGCCUACGCACGGUCUUAGAUUCUUUGCACCCUGAUAGCCUGCAGUAUAAAAAGGUUGAAGGUCAAAUAAUAAAUAAUGCACAACAGAAAAACAGAGAAACUAAUGUGGGACAAAAAAUAAUGUACAGAAAUUACACAAACGGGCCAAAAUGGUUACCUGGUCAAGUUUUCGAAAAAGAUGGCCCAUCUAAUUACAGAGUACAAACUGAAGAUGGUGCAGUUUUACGGCGUCAUAUAGAUCAAAUAAUUAAAGUACAAAAUAGAGAGAAAACAAGUGACAUAAUUGGUGGAAACAACAAUGAGAGGAGUAAUGCAGAGACUGAGGAAGAUAAGAUUGAUCAAAAUGAACAGAAUAAUGAUUUAGGAAGCGGAUCAGAGCAAGAGUCAGAAAAUGAUCCUAUUAUUGAAAUACCAAGUGCAGAAAAAUGGGAAGAGAUGUUAGGAAUACCUAAAUCAGCUGAAAUUGAAACGUCAGGGGGGAAGAUCAGAACUAAACGAAAUGUUCAUUCUAAAGUUCCAUAUUCUAGACCCAGUUGUUUUAAUGAAAAUAAUGAUUAA